AUGGAGUGCGACUUACAAUGCGCGUAUUCGCAUUCAUCAUUCGAUUCCAAAACACCUUCAAUUACAAUCGAAGACAAUCAAGAAGAAAACUAUUUGAUAUCAUAUCCGUCAGAAGAAGAAAUUAAAAGUCAUAGAAACAGCUUUGACGAAACUAAGUUUAAUUAUUACAUUGAUCCAAUAACCGGGGAAGUCAAAGAGGAAGGAGGAAACGAGGAUUAUAAGUUAUGUGGGGCGGUUAAUGACUUCGAUAUUUCGUUAGAGACGGGAGAGGCAGUACCUAUUGUUUAUCUUUCGACGUCUAGAGCGGCGAAGCUGCAGCGCUCUUUGAGACUGGCCGGACUUAAAAAGGUUGGUUUUUUAAAAUUUAAAUUAAGAACGUUAAGUUUUAAUUUCCGCCUGCUAAAUUAUGCUGACUAUAUAAAAGUAGCAUUGUAG